AUGUCUGUCGGCGUGGUCGUGAGGGACGGAGCCGGCUGCGGCUGCGGCGGCUGCGGCGGCUGCGGCUGCGGCUGCAGGUGGAGCCACCGGGAGAACCGCUUCUACGGCGCCCUGCCGCCCAUCCGCGCCGCAGACGUCGAGGUUGACGAUGGUUUCUCCGACACGGUGGGUGACCCGGUAACUUCGAAAUGCAUGAUAGUUGUAUCCAAUCGGUUACCCUUUGUUCUUAAGAGGAACGAGAAAACCGGUGCAUUGGAACGAAAAGCAAGUGCAGGAGGUUUGGUUACUGCAGUAGCGCCAGUAGUGGUCCAGGGUCAUGGUUUGUGGGUUGGAUGGCCAGGUAUUCAUUUAGAAGAUCCAGAUGAGCCUAUACCAGAAUCCAAUCCAAAUGAUAAAACUCCAACUGCCGGCCUGUUGUCCAAAAAGGUAGUUCCUGUGUGUGUUGAACCAGGCAAGUUUGACUCAUAUUAUAAUGGUUGCUGUAAUGGGACUUUUUGGCCUCUUUUUCACUCGAUGCCAGACAGGGCUGUUUUCCUUGCUGAACAUUGGAAGAAUUAUUACAGUGUGAAUGAACUAUUUGCUGAGAAAACAAUAAAAGGUUUAAAAAGUUUACUAGAGGAGCAGCCAAAUGCAACACCUCUUGUUUGGAUACACGAUUAUCAUCUUAUGUUAGCAGCAAAUUGGGUCAGGCAGAUUGCAGAAGAAUCAAAUUUAAGGUUGAAGCUUGGAUUCUUCCUACACAUACCAUUUCCCCCGUGGGACAUUUUUCGACUGUGUCCGUGGUCUGAUGAAAUUCUGCAAGGUAUACUUGGUAAGUAUAACAAAUUGUUUCUGAGAAAUUAAAUGAGAGAGACUGACGCAGAAUGAUUUGCUUCAACUUUAUUGAUAAUCGUACACAACUGUAUCACUAAUCUCUGCCUGACUCAUCUGUGUAUGUUGAGUCCAGUCAUAUUCCUCUUCAAUGUAAGAAAAUGUAGUGCUUUGAAGAAACUGACUCUACGUAAGUGAUAGAACGUGUUAUAUAUUCCUGACAUGGUCACUCGGGGCAGUGUGCAGCAUAUGGUAAGUGUAGAAAACGUCACAACCAACAUUGCUAAAAAAUCAUUUUAUUAGAUGACUGGUUUUUAUUGGGCUAUCCUGUCAUUGAAUUUUUAAAACAUAUUAUCCAUUACUGUUACAAAUUGCUUCACACUUCCCACUACCAUGAAGGUCACUGCACAUCAGCAUGUCAGAUGUAAAAAAUUAUCUACAAACAUAAACCUAACUCUAUUGUACUGACUGUGAGUGGUCUUAUUUACCACCAACUGGUGACUGACUUGGGUCAUAGGCUUGUUGAUGUCUAUUGGUGCAGGAACAUAACAUUUGUAUUUUAUACUGCUUCAAAAAUAUUUUUUUUUUCUUUAUUCCAUUGGCUGCAUGUUUCUGUUUAGCAUAAUUUUAAUAGUAUCAUUUAUCUUACUUCCUUCUUGCUUGUGAUUCACUCAGGUGAGGUAUGUUCUCUAAAAAGUGACUUCUUUUCUGGUAAUUAUUGUUUUACUAUUAAAAAUCUCUCCUAUAGAGGUCAAACUGUUAAAUUCACUUAAAUGUUUGGUUGGAGAGAGGGGGGGGGGGGGGGGGGGGAGAGCAGAAAUAUCAGCUCUAAUUAUUACAAGACUCUGUUGCUAACAUUUAGUAUUAAGAAACAGUUGAGACUGUCAGUGAUGUCAUCUCAUUAAUGUAUUCGCUCCGUUUGUCAUUGUUAAAUGUGGAUGUAUUAUCAACUCACGCAAUUUAACUGCUCACAUACUAUGAAGGCAGUUCUUAGCCCUUCAGCAGAAUAUUUGUUUUUAAUUGUAAUGUACUUCUUUUUUAUUCCAUUCACUUUAAGCUCAAUGUACUUUAUCAAUUUUUUUUUUCAAUUAGUAGAUACCAUCUCUGAAGUUUGACACUGGAAGGUCUGCAAAGUACUGACGUAUGGCUCAGUUUGUAUUCCAGCUGCGUAUCUCCUUGGAUAUUGAAUUAAAUGGAAGGCAAGGGCACCAGAUCUGGUGAAUAUCCCAGUAAUUUGUCCUUCAAACCGUCUUGCUCAUCAGUGUCACAAUAUCCUGAUUAUUUUUUCUUUUCAUUUGCAUUACAGAACUCUUGCAUUGUGUUUUUUCACCUGUCUGGGCCAUAAUACAUGUGUGGUAUUCAUCUUUUAUUGUUUUAGCUUUUGAAAGGCAAUUGGCAAAAAUAAUCCUUUUUUUAUCCUACAAAACACUAGCCCUUACAUUUAUGUCAUAAUAAAUCAACUUCCACUUUUUUGGUGCAGGUUUGCUGACUUCUUCCACACAAUAUUUUGUUUACUGUGGACACUAAGUCUCUUUUUCCGUGGUGGACCAUUUAACUAUCAGCCCAGCUAAGUCAAUUCUUUUUAAAGUGAUCCAAGUGUUGGUAAGAGAUUUGUUCUAGCAUUUGUUUUGGGUCAUCUUUUAAUGAAUGUAGCACCUGUAUUCAACAGUAUGUCUCCUUAGUGAAUUCAUCAAGAAAAAUCUACCAUGUUGUUUUUGUAGCCGUGUCUAAAAUGCCAGUUGUUUUGUAUAGACUGAAUUGCCAAUUACCAAAUAUUGUGUUGUGCUCUUUCCCAAUGUUUUAGAAUUUCAGGAUGUGCUACGCAUAGAUUGUCUUCAAGAGAAACGUGGCUAUGUUGAAUUCAGGUGCUAAUUUCUUAACUGUUAAAAAUUGUAAGCAGUCUCUUGUACAGCUUUACAAACUUUUCUUUGAUAAAUUUUGAUUCGUGAUAAACCUUAUGAUCCAAGGGAUUUUGUGAUGACACAAUAUUCCAGUUUCUUUAUUUCAAAGAAAUGCACCCAACACAAAUAUUUUAAAAAGAUUUGUAAACAAAACUAUUCUUUAGAAGAUGAAGGUGACAUCUGUAGCUCAUUGUUAUGCCACAAGUACGAACAAAGCACAAUCAGAAUUUUGUUGAUAUCAAUUCUUCAUCUUUGUCAAAUAGCACAGGUAGGAUUACUCUGUUCCAGUGUCUAAAUUUACAUACAUGAUCUACUGGAAUACCCUUCACAAUAUACUGAGUGUGGAUGUAGAUCAG